AUGUCUGUCUCCUCCAACCCUUACGCUCCCAGUCCGCUCGACCUGGUGUCGAACGUCAACAAGUUCCAGCUGAUCGAGUCGACGCUGAGAGAAGGCGAGCAGUUCGCCAAUGCGUUCUUCAGCACCGAAAAGAAAAUCGAGAUAGCCAGAGCUCUCGACGACUUUGGCGUCGACUACAUCGAAUUGACGUCGCCCGUGGCUUCCGAGCAGAGCAGAACCGACUGCGAGACCAUCUGCAAGCUGGGUCUCAAGGCCAAAAUUCUGACCCACAUUCGCUGUCACAUGGACGACGCUAAAGUCGCCGUUGAGACUGGUGUUGACGGUGUCGACGUCGUUAUCGGCACCUCCCAGUUUCUCAGACAGUUCUCGCACGGUAAGGACAUGAACUACAUUUCCAAGAGCGCCAUCGAGGUGAUCGAAUUUGUCAAGUCCAAGGGUUUGGAAAUCCGUUUCUCUUCCGAGGACUCCUUCAGAUCCGAUAUCGUCGAUCUCAUGAACAUCUACAAGACCGUCAGCGCCAUCGGUGUCGACAGAGUCGGUAUUGCUGACACUGUUGGAUGUGCCAACCCCAGACAGGUUUACGACCUGGUCCGGACUUUGAAGAGCGUUGUGUCGUGCGACAUCGAGUGUCACUUCCACGACGAUACUGGCUGUGCCAUCGGUAACGCCUAUUCUGCUCUAGAAGGUGGUGCCAAACUUAUCGACGUGUCUGUGCUCGGUAUUGGUGAGAGAAACGGAAUCACGCCAUUGGGCGGGUUCAUGGCCAGAAUGAUCGUUGCGGCCCCCGACUACGUUAAAUCCAAAUACAAGUUGCGCAAGCUAAGAGAUCUUGAGAACUUGGUUGCCGAGGCCGUCGAAGUCAACGUUCCCUUCAAUAACCCGAUCACUGGUUUCUGUGCCUUCACCCACAAGGCCGGUAUUCACGCCAAAGCCAUCUUGGCCAACCCAUCCACCUACGAGAUCUUGGACCCUCACGAUUUCGGUAUGAAGAGAUACAUCCACUUUGCCAACAGAUUGACCGGAUGGAAUGCUAUCAAAUCCAGAGUCGAGCAAUUGAACUUGCAACUGACCGACGACCAAGUCAAGGACGUGACUUUGAAGAUCAAGAAAAUAGGUGACGUCAGACAAUUAAGCAUUGACGACGUCGACAGCAUCAUUAAGGAAUUCCAUUCCGACCUUCAGUAG